GGGCCAAUCGCAGACGGUCAUUGUGGAAAAGCCAACGCGUGACAAAGAACCUUCCAAGAUGCACUCGUCGCUGGACCGCCCGCACCCCGAGUGCCAAGAGAUUGUCGAUGCGCUGCGCAUCUGCCACGAAGAGAACCCGUUGCUCAAGUUUGGCGGCGCCUGCAACGACAUCAAGGCCGCCUUGAACCAGUGCUUCGCCAAGGAGACCCACCAUCGCCGCAAGAUCAACCUCGAGAAGGCGCGCAAGUUCAACAAGAUCUACGAGGAAGACAAGGACGAGCGCCGGAAGGCGUCGUCGUCGGCCUAAACGCCCGCGACCCCAUUAGAGUUUAUAGGAUCAACCCGUGACGUUGUUUGCUUGACAGGCUUCUCUGCCAGCAAU